AUCAUUUUAUCCAAGCUUAGGAGUUAGCUUUAAUUGUAAAAUAUGCGUCGAUUAAACUAGAGCAGGCACCGAUUAUAAUGAGUGGAAUGUAAGUUUUCAAGGGGUUUUCAGCGAAAGCUGUGUUUUCGUUUGACAGAUUUUGUAUGGAUGAUAACAAAACUUUUCGCGUGAAAGCCUCUUUUGUCUACGAAAACACUAAUUUUGUGACGGUGCGAACAUGGUAUUAGGAUUGGUUAUUUAGAUUUAUACAAUGGUUGGUGAUAUCAAGCGAAAUCAAUUAUAAUGGAUGAAUUUUUGCUCUCUGAGCGCAAAAAUCUAGAAAACGAUAGACGCCGUUUUUCAAAGUUCCAAAUAAAUAGGGAAGCCAUUCCUCCGUAUGCAAAUAAUGACAUUAAAUCUGUUAUCAACGAAUAUAAAAAUAGUGAAAUAAAAAGCAACAUCGAGUAUGGAAAUCAUAUUAAACCAAGGUUUGCUGAUUUGGGAACUGAUGAAAAUAAUGUAAAGCCGGAAAAAGGG